CCUCAUGAUGACAUUCAAGUCUGUCUUUCCAUUGAGGAACUAAUGUCUGAUGAAGAUAAAGAAGUGCAAAGGGAUCUGUUUCUUCAAGGUUUUGCGGAAGUUCAAAGAAAAAAACAUAAUGAUAUCAAUUCUUUUUAUCAAGUUGCUGGAAUCCAUGGUCUUCCGGAACCCGCUUAUUGUAGACAUAGUA